UGAUGUUGUGGCUUUCCUCCGCUGAUGGAACCGUCUGAUCUGCGGCCGGGACAUCCAUGACGUUUGCUGUAGUGGUCUUGAAUACAAAGAUGUCGACAAGACAGAGGGUAUUCUUGUCAAUAGCUUCAUUGUGUUGGUCUUGCACCACCCUCGCCGCUGCCACACAUCGACAACAUACAACGAAAGGCCGACGCGUCACCAAAAGACCAAACUUGGGGAGGGGAACAGAACAGAGAGAUGAGGUUCCGAGACUAUCUCGGGAGAUAGAUUCGAGAGAACUACGAGGUUCCGAGAUGCCUACCGGGCACACGCCCGAGGUUGAUCUAGCCAAUCAUGGCGUGGACAUUGAUCAUCCAACGAGUACUACCUCCACGGCGACGUUGUGUUAUCGUGCCGAGAGUACUGUGUGAGAAUAAUUUUGGUCUCUCUGCUUCAGCCGAAGGAUUUAGAC